GCCCUCACGACCAACGCAUGCUUUCAGCUCUUCAAUCUGUCUGCAUAUGAAACUCUACCAGGCCAAGUACUUGUCCCGGGUCAGACAAUCAGCACAGCGUUUGAUCUCUGGCUUUCUCAUUCAAGUCACGGUAUCCCUCUUCUUCAAUUUUCUCAUCAACAUCACAUCAAAACCUUGUGCCUUUUGUUUCAUAUGUAUGGAGAAGAGACGCCCACUAAAAGAUGAAACCUUUCUGCAACACCCUUUCGUCCUUGCUCUUGUUUUGGUUCUCGGAUUUGUUGUAAUGGACCCAUUUCAUUUGGGUCCAUUGGGAGAUCAUGAAUUCAUACCUGUGAAGCAUGACAUCGCGCCGUAUGACCAAGUCAUGGAGAGUUGGCCAAGAGACAACAUGAGCAGACUAGGACUCCACGGGAAAUUGGAGUUUAAGGACCAAGUCUUCGGGCCAGAGUCCUUGGAGUUUGAUCCUAUGGGUCACGGCCCUUAUGCUGGAUUAGCUGAUGGACGCAUAGUCAGAUGGAUGGGGGAGCAGAGAGGAUGGGAAACAUUUGCAGUGGUUACAGCCAAUUGGACGAAGAAGCUUUGCUACAGGGGCAACGACUCGACGACAGCCAAACAGUGGAAGUAUGAGAAAACAUGUGGGCGUCCCUUGGGUUUAAGGUUUGACAAAGAGAGUGGGGACUUGUACAUUGCCGACGCAUACUUUGGCCUUUUGGUGGUUGGACCUGGUGGAGGGAUUGCUACUCCUCUGGCAACCCAUGUGGGAGGAAAGCCCAUUCUCUUUGCCAAUGACCUUGACAUCCAUAAGAAUGGAUCCAUCUUUUUCACAGAUACCAGCAGAAGAUACAACAGAGUAGCGCACUUUUUCAUUUUACUAGAAGGCGAGGCCACCGGUAGGCUUCUCAGAUAUGAUCCUCUAACCAAAAUGACCCAUGUUGUGUUGGAUGGGCUUGCUUUUCCUAAUGGAGUCCAAUUUUCCAGGGAUCAAUCCUCCCUUCUCUUCACUGAGACUACGAAUUGCCGAUUAAUGAAGUUUUGGGUGCAAGGUCCAAAAAUGGGAAUCGUGGAACAUGUAGCUAAUCUUCCAGGGUUUCCAGACAAUGUAAGGAUAAAUGGAAAAGGGCAAUUUUGGGUAGCAAUAGACUGUUGCCGCACUGCAGCACAAGAGAUUCUAACUCACAAUCCAUGGUUAAGGAGUAUUUACUUCAGGUUGCCAAUGAAAAUGAGCAUAUUAGCUAGAAUGAUGGGGAUGAGGAUGUACACUAUGAUUUCACUUUUUGAAGAGGAUGGACAGAUACUGGAUGUUCUUGAAGACAAACAGGGAAAAGUGAUGAAAUUGGUGAGUGAAGUAAGGGAGAUAGAGGGGAAGCUUUGGAUUGGAACCGUAGCUCAUAACCACAUUGCCACUCUUCCUUACCCAUAAGUAUUCCUAGGCUUAGCAAUUUAAAUAUGGUUCUAGCCUUUUCUCAUGCUGUCAUUUAUUGCUUUGUGUAAGAUGGCGUUUCAAAAUUAAAUGGAUUUAAAGGGCUUUCAUACUUUUAUUA